UGCGGCCAAGCCGACAACGCUGAGAUACACGUUGGCGUCGAGAGCGCAACGACUGAAGGCGCCAUGCCAUUUCUGUGUCUACCAAACGGAACGGCACGCUCUGCUCGAAGUUUGCAGUCUGCCUUUUCUCGUAAAACAAAAGGUCUGGUCUUUCUCCCGCACGCGACAAUCUGGUGAAUCGGCCGUUGGUGGCGGCCGCACCGAAUCACAUCUUUGUGUCGAUGCCGUUUCUCUGCCGGUGUUUCUGACUGCAAGAAAAACUUUGAAUGUGCAUGCUAGGCGCAAAUCCCGCUUUUCCCUGACAGUUCCUGGGAGACGGGGAAGGAGUAGACGUUUCACACCCUGAGACACUGCUGCGAAGGCGAAAUCGAGCGAUAGCGCGUUAAAUUGCGGGACAGAAACCCCGAGUUUUUGACGGCUCGCGCUCCGUGUCCGAUAUCGCUGCCGUUUAGGUCUGUACCAACGGCCCUCUACGCUCGUUAAAGAAGUAUUCUGCUCCCGUGCUCGUCCUUGCAAAAAUGGGAACGGGAACGGCUCCGCCCGGGCCGUCCUCGUCAAAUUCGACCCUUUGUUACUUCGUCACUUCUCAGCAGCCGGGGUGCGCACGAUGCAGCAUCUCGCUCCGCUUUCGGUGUCCGUACACCCGAACCUUGGUGAUUGCGCGGCCACACAGCCUGGUGUUUGUCCAUCCACAAUCGUCAGAAUGCGGCCAUUCUGCCGGCGCACCGGCAGGUGACUUUCGGCAGACCACCCUCCUGGAAGAGCGCGAUGUAGACAUGGAAGAAAAUGAUGGACGUGACGGAUCUGCUUCACUGGCCGGUAGUCCUGCGCCUGACCGGCGCCCACGGCGAAGGAGCGAAGAUGUGCCGGAGGAAAGUCGAUCGGCGCAAGACUUUUCAGCGUCCUGGACUUCUGGUGAAACGUUCAACCCCAUCACUCUGCCCCUGUAUGCCGACGUCUUUUGCAUGGCCGCCUUUCCUCGGGUUUCGCGGAUCUCCCGCUCCGACUCGAGCGUCUGCCGAGUGAAUGGCGGGGGCUCGAAGGCGAGCGCAGAAUCAGCCGAACUCGAGGACCUUCUCGUUCUGACCGAUCGACAGAUUCUUCUACUUCUACGCUACGACGAAGAGAAGCAGACUGUCGUGACAGUCGAAAGCAUCGACCUCAAGGAGGUCAGCACGCGGUUUGUGGACGGCGGUCCCUUGAUGGCGGUGUGUCCGACCACGCGGUGCAUUGUGGUGUAUCAGUAUGAGUCGCUUCUCCAGUACCUGCCCUUCGGCCCAGAAGCGAGUUCUUCCCUGUCUCCUGCUCGAAACCAUGAAGCGGGUUCGUCCCUGUUUUCCGGUGUCCGUCUCUUUCGGCUGGACGAGCAGAACGUUUUGGAUAUCUGUUUCCUUCCUCCUCCGGAGGUCUGCGGCCCCGCGAAGAGUUCCGCAGCAGAAGGCGCGGAGCCCAGCGCGGGCAGUUCCUCGGCGCUGGCGCUCUGGGUGAUCCGAGGGAACCACGGCUUCCACGGUGUCGCCUCCGGCGCGAGUUGUCCGCCUCCCCUUGAGAGAGAGAGCGAACGAGAAGCCGGUGCAACGCUCACUGUCCAGUCUGCACAUCUCUGCGUGCUGUAUGAAACUGUCGAAGGCCAGGUUUCUGCAGCGCCUGGCAGCUUCCAUCGCUUCCAGAGAUUCAUCCGAACAGUGCGCCUGCCUCUGGACGAUCUCCUCUUUCCCCCGAGGAGCGCGGCUCCUCAUCUCUGGACGUCUCCGUACCUGCUCCAUCCUCUCCGAGUCAAGAGCUGCAGUUCUCGCCUCUUUGCUCCGGCCUUCGCGCCCCGCGCCGCCUCCGAGGUCGGCCGCUCGAGACGUCAAGGAGAACGUGUCUCCGAAGGCGGAGACGCCGAAGGGCUCGCACCGUGUCUCCUCGUUCUCGGCGCAGAGGAAAUCCUCUAUCUGCGGUUCCCCCACUGCGCCUCGUUACCCAGCGUUCUGCUGUCGGAUCUCUCUUCCCUCUCCCUCACGUUCGACGGAUCGAUUCCGGGUCCCCUCGUUCUGCGUCACCGGGGGCUGCCCUCUGGCCUCCAGGAGAUCGUCGCCGUCGAGCAAGUCCGGGAGGUUGAUGCGGAGGCCGCGGAAGUCAAGCACAGAAAGGUUUUCCUUCUAGGCGAUGUCUCUGGUCAAAUAUACAUGCUCAUGCUGUUCGAAAACUCGCGGCCGAGGCCGCAAAUGGAAAUCGAGCAACGCCUCACAGGAGCCAGCUCCAGAGAAUCGCCUCGGCCCUCUGGCGAGGAGGCGUCUGGGAGAGCGGCACGCAUGUGUGUCGAGUGGCUCGGCCAAGCCUCUGAGCCGACGGGUUUAUCUUACUUGGGGAAUGGAAUCCUCUUUGUCGCUUCCGCAACUUCCGACUCGCUUCUCCUGCGCAUUCUGGACGUCGGACGCUCCGUCGAGGGCCUUCAGCGCCUCUUCUCCGAGAACGCCGCGAGACGUUUGGAAGCCGACGCUCAUCUCUCUCUCGAGCAACCCCCACACGCACAGAAGGGCCGCGAAGAAGGUGCAGAAGGACAUGCAGGAAACCAUGCAGGAAAAGACACGGAGCACAACUGGGAGAGGUGCGAAGAACGAAGUGAAGAGGACGGUGAUGCACUGGGUCGUAAUAAUUCAAGAAACGCUGUGCGAGACCUGGGAGCAGAAGGAACUCUCCAGCUCGCGCAGAGAAAGGCACGAAGGCGCGACAUGGAAGAGCGACCGUCUGAGUCAGCCAAGGGAAUGGAUGUCUCAGGCAGACUUCAGCUUCUUCAAGUUUUUCCUAAUCUCGGACCAAUUGUCGAUUGCUGUCUCGCCGAAGUCGAAGGUCUCGAUCAACGCCUGCUGAUUGUUGCAUGCGGUCACGGACGCAGCACCUCUCUGCGUUUCAUUCGAAGUGGACUCGCCCUGCAUGCCUCGUGUGCGAGUGUGGCGCUGCAUGCGCCCGUUCACCGCCUCUGGACUCUCGACUUGUCGCCUUACGCCAUCGCUGCGUCAGCCACGGGCAUGCGCAUCUCGGGAAGGCGGAGCCACACCCGCGGAGAGUUCUCGAAGACGCGCGCGGACGCGCUGCUGGCUCGAGGUCCAAUCGCCGUUCUGGCCUUCCCCCACGAGACGCGCGUCCUCGCCUGGACCCUGAAGCCGCGCGGCGACCGCUCAAACCCAAAAGCCGCGGACAUUUCUUCGAUGGACGUGGAGAUGGAAGAACAUGGCGGCGUCUCGUCGCGCGGGCGCUUCGAAAGGCGCCGGGGGAGAGAAGAAGGAGAGCCAGACUCGGAAGGCUCCGAGGCGGUGUUGGACGAGAUCUGCGAACCGCUGCUCUCCUCCGAGUUUCAUGAACAAAACGAUUCCUUGAAAGAAUCUAGCUUCGGUUUCAAGCGCGACGAAACGACCAUCUUGGCGACAGCCCUGCGACUGCCUGGAGGAUGGCGACGCAGGACUGUCGAAAAAAAAGACCUCGUGGCUCACCCAGCUGCAUGCGCCGAGACAACGUGUGCAUGCUCCCUAGGCCUUGUCCAGGUCCUGCCGUCGGCUGUCCGUGUGGUCGACCCAGUCUCGCUGUCGCUUCUCAAAGAGUUUCCACUUUUUUCCGGAUUCUCACCCGCCCUCCCUUCCUCGCAAAAGAUUCACUUCGCUGCCCUCGUGGCUUCCCCGUGCAGCGGCGCUCGCGGAGGCUCAGGCGAUUCGCUGGCGCUCGCGCUUUCUGACGGGUCCGUUGCAUGCCUCGAAUUGCUGGGGAACCUGCAUGCAGAGGCGUUGCCAGACGCCUCCAAGCUCCGGCGAGAAGAGCGCGAACAAGUUCGGGAAACCCCCACAAGUCUUUCUGAGGCAGCCGCCGGGGAAGAGCCGGACUGUGGCGCAGGAGUUCAUUUGCGGAUGUUGAAUGUGAAGAAAGUUUGUGACGAAAUUGCAGCGUUCCACGCCGUGGGCCUCAGCGCUCUCGCGCUCGUGUCUGAAAGUCGAGAAGAAAAUGAAGAAACAGAGACAUUGCUGAGCUGCGAAGGAGACGAAGGCCUCGCUGCAGUCGGCGACUUUGACCUGGGGAAAGUUCGCCUUCUCGCUCUGCCUUCCCUGCUCGAACUCGCGAGCUUCGACGCCUACGGAGACGAACUUGGAGUUAGGAUCACCUCCCUUCUUCUCUGCACACUGGAGAAUACGUCCUGGGUGCUGGCAGGCCUCAGCGAUGGCCGCCUCGUCUCACACGCUCUCGAAGUCUCUCGAAGACCACUGUCUCCGCCGUCGCAUUCUCCGCGGUUUUCUGUGCGCCUCUCACACCGGAAAGUCGUCCACAUGGGCAGCGAACCCCUGCGUCUCUCGCCUCUCGUGGAGAAGAGAGAUAUGUUGCGCAUGCAGCAGAGGCAAAGGCGGCGUGCAUGCGCGAGGAACGACGCGGCUGCGACGGCGAGGGACGAGACCGGAAACUGCAAGGGGGAAAAGGAGGCUUGUCUCUGCUGGAGCGUGAGGAAACUGGAAGACCGACAUCUCGCCGGCGUCUUCUGCAGCGGCAACCGCCCGGCUCUGUUGCAUGCAACGAAAGCGGGUCAACUCCAGGUGAAAGCUGUGCCUUCCAGUGGCGUCGGUGCUCUCGGCGAAUUCUCCUCACCCUUCACGGACCCUGAGGUCGGAGUUAUCUGGACGUACAUCCCUCCUGGUCACCCUGCUUCUUCUUCUUCCUCAUCCUCUUCUUAUUCAUCCUCUUCUUCUUCCUCAUCCUCUUCUUCUUCAUCCUCUUCUUCUUCAUCAUCCGCUUCUUCUUCUUCCUCUUCUUCUUCAUCAUCCGCUUCUUCUUCUUCCUCUUCUUCAUCCUCGUCUUCUUCAUCCUCGUCUUCUUCAUCCUCUUCUUUCUCUUCGUCCUCUUGUUCGGAGAUGGAGAUUCAAAGAGAAGACAAGGCCGCGCCAUGCGCCCAUUUGCUUGUGGGGGUUCGAGAGCGAGCGCAGCGGUUGCAGUUGCGCGGCUUGCCGAUUGGGAGGACCGUCGAUGCACUCUGCGUCUUGCCUGCGCAAAACCUGAUUGUCUUAGCUUGUCCCCGAGAGGUGGUGAAGCCCGACGGUGUGGUGUUGCCUUCGUGUCUCCUCUUCGUCGACCCCCUGACUUGCGUGGUAGAAGGCUGUUACAUCAUUCCUUCUCCGAACCAUAUCGCCGCGUCUCUCUGCGUCACUGCCUUCAACUCUGCUCACCCGGCGCUAUCGAGCAAUGCCGCGAAGAGUCGCAGCAGCAAAGGAGAAGCCCGACAAAAGAGGGGAGCGGACGAGCGACAGGAGAGACGAGAGGGACAGGUGUCUCUUCUCUGCGUGGGAACUGCGGAGGUCAUGGCCAGCGACUCAGAGCCCAAAGAGGGCCUCAUCAUUCUCCUCGAUGUCCGCAGAGGAACUGACGGACGCCUCGUCGUCCAACUUGCAGCACACAUCCACGAACUGAGAAGCGGCGUUCAGCAGCUACGUCCCUUUCAAGGUUUGCUGCUGGCUGCAUGCAACCAUCGCGUGCGUCUCUUUGGCCUACGACGAGAGUUGGAGGGGGCAGCGGGUCUGGAAGCGGAGAUGGAAGGAGACAGUCCUCAAGCCUCUGAGGUGCAUGCAGGAGACAGAGGGCGUUCGAGCGCGGGAAGGAGACAGGGCGCGCGCGCGAGAGACAGAACGGAGGAGAAGGGGAGAGAACUCUGCGAGAUGCUCAAGGCCCGUCUCGAACUUGUCUGCAGUCACUCCUCAAACGCCUUUGUUUCCAGCAUGGACACAUGGCAUGACGAGAUCGUGUGCCUCGGGGACAUGGUCGCUUCGGCGGUGCUUUUGCGUUUCUCGCCGAAAGACAAUGCGUUCAAAGAGAUCGCCCGCGACACAAACGCAUGCUGGACCCUAGCUGUCUCCUGUCUGUCUCCGAAUUUGCACUACUUGGCCGACGCCGACCGGAACAUAUGGCUGCUGGAAAGGGCGUCUCUGCUUGGAUCCGAAGGCCGGAGAGAAGAAGGCGUCCCCUCCACUCGUCCUAACUUCCCCGCAGAAACUGUUGAAGAGUGCAGCAUCUGCCAUCAGGCACCAGCCGCGGGGGGAUGCCUCUGCAGUGGCGUUUGCGUGAGGAUGUCUGGCGUCUCGUACAUCCACGUCGGAGUGUCGAUCAACAAGUUCAUUUCCUUUCCGACUCACCAGCACCGCACAUCCGCGCUCGUCUCGCCGGCGUCCAGAGCGGAGGCCAGCCGGAGCGACAGCCGCCAGGCGGACGCAGAUCCGCGCUCUGAGGCGCAUGCAGAGCAGAACGGCGAGAAGGGUGGAGAGAGGACGAGGAAGAGGGGGCGGACAGCGCCGGCGGGGGGGACAGGAAGGCGCGGAAGAGGCGCAGAGGAGACAAACGAGCUGCUCGGACGAAGAGGGAGGAGAGGCAUGGAGACGGAGCUGAGCAAAGUUGUCGUCGGAGAGAACUCAAAACUGUGGGCAAGCUCAGAAGGCGCCAUUGGACAUCUCCUGCAAAUUCCAGACGAACAGACCUUCGCGCGCCUCGCCGUCCUUCAAGACGCCGUCACCAAAGUCACGAAAUCGAUCGGGAAGCUCAGCGCAGUAGCCUUCCACAGCGUGAAAGUGGGUACGGCCACAGUCCCCAGCAAAGGUUUUAUCGACGGAGACAUUCUGGAAAGGUUUCUCGAGUUCCCGCCGUCGGUCCAGAGAUCUGUCUACGAGAUGGCGCAACUCAACGGCCGGAUUGCACACUUGACGCUGCCUCCGCUCGAGAAAGUCGUACAGGAAAUCGAGGAACUGCAGAGGCGGCACUGAGAGGACGUUUCGCCUUUCUCUCGACAGACACUAAGUCCGAGAGCUUCCUUUUGUCGUCUGCAGUCGCUGCCCAACUAACACUGAAACAGCUCCACUCGGAAUUUCUUCAACGGAAAAUGGAGACGCCUGACACCUGCAACAGCCUGAAACUACGAAUGUCUACAAAUGGAGAUACAUACGCAUAUAUACAUAUAAACAUAUACAUAUAAACAUAUACAUAUAUAUGUAUAUGAUGUGUGUAUGCGUAUGCCCAAGCGUAUGUAUGAGUGUGUGCAGUUAAAGGCCUGUAAGCGUAUAGAGGUACUGAGUAGGCAUGUGCAUGUGCUUAGCUAUAUCCUUGUGUGUGUGUGUGAUUUGGGGGAGGGGGCGCAAGGAAAAGAGUCUUUCUCCGCGGAUUUGGGGACCGAAAUCCUGGGGUUUUCGGGGAUGCGUGGAAUGCUGGAGACCGGCGAAACCUUGUAUCGUGGUUCGUUGCUGGGGAAGUGGAACUGGUGGGUGCCUGAAACGUCAAACAUCGACGAAAAGGAGAUGGGUCUCCGCGCGCGUCUAUGAGGAGGCACAAAGAUGGGAGAAAUAAACGAAAUAAGGACAUGACGAGUGACGAGCGAAGAGGUGCAGAGGCGUUGAGAGAGAGACCGAUGUUAAUCGAUUUUCU